AUGGGCAAGAAAAUGAAGCUCCCUUUUCUCUCCAAGAACACAUCAGAAAUAUCAAGAUCUUCCUCUUCUUCUUCCUCCUCAUGGCCCUGGCCUUCUUGUACUCAAACCAGAACCAUUUCUUUCAGAACAGGCAAUGAUAUUUUCAAGACCAUAAACUCAGCCUACUUCGACACUACAAACCCUACAACAGAUUUGGCGUUGGUGGAUAGCACACCAGACUCGGUCUUCACGAACUCGUCAUCUCACAAGUGUCCCAGCUUCUCCACCGCCUCUAAAGAUUCUAGAGGCGGUGGAGGAGCAGGAGGAGGGGACGCAAUAGAGAGUGUGAUUAAAGGGUUGAGGUCAGAGAGGCUCUUCUUUGAGCCAGCUGGUCAGACAAGCUCUGUGCUAGUGGAGGCGGCGCCAGCAGCACCAGAUGAUGAUGGUGGUAAUGGGGUUAAUAAUGUCAUUCCAUUCAAGGAGAGCGUGGCUUUGUCAAUGGACUCGGCAGACCCGAUUGUAGAUUUUAGAAAAUCUAUGGAGGAAAUGGUGGAAGCUCAUGGUUUGAAGGACUGGGAGAAUCUUGAGGAGCUUUUGUGCUGGUACUUAAGGGUGAAUGGUAAGAGCAAUCAUGGAUAUAUUGUUGGAGCUUUUGUUGAUCUCUUGGUAGGUCUAUCAUUUACUACCACUAGUAGGAAUUCUUGUUCUUGUGUUAUUAACUCUCCUUCUUCUCCCUUAUCUAAUUUUUACAAUAGUAUUACUACUUCUUCUUCGUCGCUGUCGUCGUCUUCUUCUUCUGCUACUACUCCUUGUAUUUCCUCCAUAGAAGAAGAGUCUGAAAGUACUGCCACUACUCCUUGUUUAUCUUCAUUGUUAGAAGGUGAAGAAGAUCAGAUUAAGGAAGAAGAAGCUGACGAGGACGACUAA